CACAAUGAAACAUUUGCACUCUGCUCUCAUCUUUCACUCCAAUUUUCCUUCUAUACUAUUCUCACGCAUGUAUUUUUUUUUUUUACAAUAACUAUAACUCUUAAUUUCUCUAUCAUUUGAACCUACAUUAACCAAGCUUCAAUUAAUGGCAUUGCUGAGGCUUGGAUCCAAAUCUUCUGAUAUAUUUCGUCACGAAGGCCAAUCAUGGGUUUGUACAACUGGACUUACAAGUGACGUUACCAUUCAAGUAGGCGAAACAUCUUUCUUGCUCCACAAGUUUCCAUUGCUUUCCAGAAGUGGAUUACUAAAGAAACUCUUUGCUGACUCCACAAAUGAGGAUGGAUCAAAUUCUGUUUUACAACUUCAUGAUAUACCCGGUGGAGACAAAACAUUUGAAAUCAUAACAAAGUUUUGCUAUGGUGUAAAAAUAGAAAUCACAGUAUUAAAUGUAGUUAGUCUAAGAUGUGCAUCAGAACAUUUACAAAUGAAUGAAAAUUACGGCGAAGGUAACUUAGUUGAAGUGACAGAAACUAUUCUCAAUGAAGUUUUCAGCAAUUGGUCAGACUCAAUAAAAGCACUUCAAACAUGUGAAGAAGUUAAGUCUUAUGCAGAAGAGCUUCACAUUGUUUCAAGAUGUAUUGAUUCCUUAACAAUAAAAGCAUGUUCUGAUACAAACAUGUGUCAAACAUCAUCAUGGAAUGGUGUUUGUUCUGAAACUAAAUCACCAAUUUCAAGUGAUGAUUGGUGGUAUGAAGAUUUGUGUUUGUUAAGUUUACCUUUGUAUAAAAGACUUAUUGUAUCUAUUGAAGCAAAAGGUAUGAAACCAGAGAAUGUUGCUGCAUCAUUAAUAUUCUAUCUUAGAAGGUUUAUACCUUUGAUGAAUAGACAAUCAAGUUUCAAUGACAAAACUAGUGUUAGUCAAGGGACAACACCAAGUAGAGGUUCAGAAGGAAAUCAAAGGGUAUUAUUGGAAGAAAUUGUUGGAUUAAUUCCUAGUAAAAAAUGUGUCAUACCUUCUAAAUAUUUACUUAGGUUGUUAAGAACAGCUAUGAUAUUACAUGCAAGUUCAUCAUGUAUAGAGAAUUUGGAGAAAAGGAUUGGUUCUCAGCUUGAUCAAGUUGAGCUUGUGGAUUUGUUGAUACCAAAUAUGGGGUAUUCAGUUGAGACACUUUAUGAUAUAGAUUGUGUUCAAAGGAUUAUUGAUCAUUUUAUGUCUAUGUAUCAGCCUGGAACUGCAUCAACUUCACCAUGUAUAACUGAAGAAGGGCCAUUGAUAGAUGGAGUUGAUGCAUUGACACCUAUGACUAUGGUGGCUAAUUUGUUGGAUGCAUAUCUUGCUGAGGUGGCUUUGGAUGUUAAUUUGAAGUUGCCUAAGUUUCAAGCUCUUGCUGCUUCUAUUCCAGAUUUUGCUAGGCCAUUGGAUGAUGGUUUGUAUCAUGCAAUUGAUGUGUACCUUAAGGCACAUCCUUGGCUCAUAGAUUCAGAAAGGGAACAAUUUUGCAGACUAAUGAACUGCCAAAAACUGUCAUUAGAAGCAAGCACACAUGCAGCACAAAAUGAAAGAGUACCACUAAGAGUAAUAGUGCAAGUCCUGUUUUUUGAACAGCUUAGACUCAGAACAUCAAUUUCUAGCUGGUUGUUUGUUUCAGACAACAUUGAAAACCAACAAAGUGGAAACUUUGGAUUCUCAAGGAGUAAUGGAAAUGUUCAACUAGACCCUACACAACAAGGUGGUGAAAACUUAAGGGAACGUGUGUCAGAGUUAGAGAAGGAAUGUUCAAGCAUUAGAAAUGAGCUUAAGAAGUUGGUUAAAACAAAGAGAGGUUGGAGCAUUUUUCCAAGAAUUUUCUUUAGAAGAAGUUCAUAGUGUUUGGAAUUAGAAGAUCCAAUAGCUGCAAUAUGAGUACACACUAUCUUCCAACAAGAAUGGAAAACUAAAUCAUUAUACUUGUUAAUGUUCACUGAAAAAGUAUAUAUAUCUUCAUAAGUGGAGAUUCUGUUCAACUUUUUUUUGGAAGUAGAUUAAUCGACAAGUAUGACUAACAAACUCCCACACACAAAUUGGAAAUCUCAAUUUCGAACUUAAGUCACUGUAGAAAAUA